CUUCUCUUUGCUUAAGUCCACCCUCUGUCACCUCCAGUUUAAAUUCCAUUUGGAAUAUUUUGGAGGACCAGAAGCCAAGAAGAAGAAGCGGGGCCUGCAGUGAGGAGCGGGGAGAGGAACGAAGACAACCCAGCGCGCCAACAACGCCUCUCAGCUCCACUCCUAUGCUGCCUGACCCGCUGAGUUACUCCAGCACUUUGUGUUUGGCUGAAGAUCCUUGUGUCCCGUGGGUUAGCGUGUACUUCUUUAUUAAGGAAGAAUAUCAUUGACACAACUGCAAAGAAGAUUGACUGGAUUGAGUAAAGAUUUGUGUUUCCAUCUGCCAUCAGAUGUCUUUCUUUCUAACUGAGCUACACCUGUGGUCUAUGAAGAACACCUUACAAGUCAAGGAUACGGAUAUUGGCAUCUUUCAAUACUAUGAUAGAAAAGAAUCUGUUUCCACAACGGACUGCUGUUACCUAGAGGAGAAGCAGCGUAUGACUGAGGCUCGUGAAUACUUAUGGACACCCAAGAACAAGCGGCCAGAUAAAUUUCGAGACACGCUCAAGGAGUUCGAGGAACUGCUGCAGUGCAGUCGCUGUGUGCUGAGCAAAUGGAAGAACAAGAACUUUUGCCAGCUUUUCUUUGCUUCAGGUGUGCUGGUUUCUUUAAGUCUUUGUGGACCACAUCUCGAGAAAGCUCUGAUGGACAGGACCUUGGUGGGGAAACUUGUGUCGGACACUAUCAAUGACGCGGUACUUGCAGACACAUUUAUGAUCAUAACAUUUUUGGAGACCAGCAAACUUUGCUUUGUCCAGUUUACAAAGAAACAAAGUUCACCAGAUGUCAACAAAAGAAUGGAAAAGCUUUCCUCUUCUGAUCUUAAGAUUUCUUACCUUGAUUUGCCUGGGCCGACAGGCCGGAGGGUAGAACGCCAUUUGGCCAUGAACUGUGUGCAAGACAUGGUGAUUUGCUGGUGGCAGACGUCUGUUGCAGAUGGCUGGCCCUGGUUCCCAGUCGCCCACGAAAGGGACCGAGCCAAUGUGGUGCUGUUAAACUGCGCCAACGGCAAACUUGAGAUGUUAAGCUUCAUACGCACAGAAGGGGAUCCACUGUAUGCUGGUUUUAGCAUGAAUCAACCAAACCAGGUCCAUACGGUAGAAUGCCUCGUCAGUCCGGACAAAGAACCAAUGGCAGACAGCUGCAUCUACGAGUGUGCUGGGAAUAAGUUCCAGCGUGUGGCAGUCAUUAGCAUCCCACUGAGCUCCAAAGCCACUUGCUGCAGCAGCAAUAUGACAGAAGACAAGCUUGUCCUCGGUUGUGAGGAUUCCUCACUGGUUUUAUAUGAUGCUUAUCGCAGGGUGACAUUACUGGCUCAAGCUGAUCUUAGGCCCUCUAUGUUGGAAUGGCAUCCUGAUGGUGCGGUGAUUAUAGUGGGCAGCUGUCAAGGUGAACUUCAGUGUUACGACCUGGCGUUGUCACCAGUGAAGAUGCAGUUACUAGCAGACGAUGUCAAACCUGUUACCAAACUUCAGCUAAGCCAACACUUUGCUGUAACAAGCAGAAUGGCCCAAAUUCACUGGAUAGUUCCUCAAGUUACUGCUCCAAACAUUGAUAGCCUCAGUGUUCAUGAUCUACUCUUUCUAACAUUUGACAAAGGGCCUGUUGGAGUCCUUUGUAUGAAAUUAGGUGCCAUAUUGAAAGGACGGCUGGGUCCCGCUGAACUCAUCUGCCAAUAUAUCCGUCAUGAGCAAAUUGAGGAGGCUAUUAAUAUCUUGGUUGGCAUGAAUUGGAACACUGCAGGCCUACAGUGCUACACUUGCCUCAUUGCGAUUGUGGAUCAUCUCCUUAAGCAGAAACUCACACCAGAGAGCGAAUCAUACCUUGAAGCAGCUCUUGGAACAUUUUAUGUGCCUACAAGACCUUUGUCUGACACGACUGUGUUAGAAUACCGGGAUCCGAUCAGCCGAUACGCAAGACGUUUCUUUCACCACCUGCUCAGGUACCAGAGGUUUGAGAAGGCUUUUCUAUUGGCAGUAGAUAUUUGUUCACGAGACCUGUUCAUGGACAUUUAUUAUGUAGCUUUGGAAAAGGGUGAAAUGGCCCUGGCAGAAGUAGCCAAGAAGAAAGCUGAUGAGAUUGAUUCCCUGUCAAUGAUGACUGAUGUGGAUUCUCAAGACUGCCCGCAGGGUGGAGAAGCUUUGAGAAGGGAUGGUGCUGAGUUUCCGCCGACUUCAGUGGAAGUUGAAAGACCAAAGAGUGGGCAUGGUUCUCCUGGCUCGGCUGGUAGCGGCAGCUAUUUAACGCAGCUUUCAGCACAGAACAGCCCCCACAGCAGGUCUUUGUGCCAAGUCCUGAGAGGUGAGACAGAGAGUGAGCUGGAGUACAACACACAGGCCUCAGGCUUGUUGGAUCCCUUGGCCUGGGCCCGGGCAGGGGACCCUGCUGGUGAUGGAGGAGACCCACAGGAGCUUGGGCCCAGCGGCACCCUGAAGGUGGUACACUUCGGCCUGGUGUGAAGUGACAUCAAACAAUUGGUCAUUACUUUAACGGAUGAAGAAAAGCUUUAAUUCUGUUGGUCUCGUCAAAGAUAUUUGAAUGGUAUAAAGAAACAAACAAUGCAGAAUGUAUUUCCACAGUCCCAAACAAAGAUCAAAAUAAAACGUGUGAUUUUUGUUUCUGAGGGAUUAAUGCUCGUAACUCCACUAAACCAGCCCCCCUUCAUCCUACCUUCUUUCCCUAUGAGUUACUUAUUUCCUGUAACCCAUUCUCCACCUUUAUGUUAUGUCAUGAUUCUACCCUUAUUCUGAGCCUCCACUUGACUGCACUGCCUCACCCCUCUCAAUGUGCCUCGUUUGCCAGCUCCACAUCAGUGUCCCCGUCUUCCUCCAACUUACCUACUCUGUUCUUCUUCUUCUUUCGUGUGGAGUGCACAGCCUAAAGUUGUUGGACAACUUGUUCUAUUUGAUCUUCCGUUUGUCACGUCGAGUUGAUUGCAUUAGUCGAAACAGGGCGGACCGCGUGAAGGUUGCAAUCUUCCACCCCACCUACUCUGUUUAUCCCACGUCACGGUUCUGAUCCACCAUCUUGCUUUUCCCAAACAAACCUUCCAUACAGUUUCAGCCCAUCACCACUGAUCAGGCCCGGCAGAGAGGACCCCCCUUAACCCUCAGCUGGGAUUACCGCUCCCCAUCACCCCACACACAACCAGUUUUGGCAUCGUCCCCCAUGCACAGAUGAGCAGGAGCAUACCGAGAUCAUUGGUAGCAAGGUGCAUCACAGAUCCCCAGAGGGGUGACUGGAGGAGGGAUUGUACAUUGUAAACAAGCCCAAGGCAGCUGAGGAUGGACAAGGUGAGGAUAGACGUGGAGCUGUGGACCACAACCUUUAGCCUCUGAGUCUGUGCUGACCAAUAGACAAUAGGUGCAGGAGUAAGCCAUUCGGCCCUUCGAGCCAGCACCGCCAUUCAAUGUGAUCACGGCUGAUCAUCCACAAUCAGUACCCCGUUCCUGCCUUCUCCCCAUAUCCCCUGACUCCGCUAUUUUUAAGAGCCCUAUCUAGCUCUCUCUUGAAAGCAUCCAGAGAACCUGCCUCCACCGCCCUCUGAGGCAGAGAAUUCCACAGACUCACCACUCUCUGUGAGAAAAAGUGUUUCCUUGUCUCCGUUCUAAAUGGCUUACCCCUUAUUCUUAAACUGUGGCCCCUGGUUCUGGACUCCCCUAACAUCGGGAACAUGUUUCCAGCAAACGGCCAUUUUAUUCCCCCCCCCCCUCCUCCCGUACUCCACCACUCACUGACACCCACAGUGAACACAGGUUACUGGGGCAGCCGCUCCACUCCAGCAAAGGUUCGCUAACCAUAAAAGUUGUUAUUGUACAGCAUUUUUUACCUGGCCAUUUAACAUUAAAAGUAUUUUCAUUCAAAUUUAACGUUUAAUGAUGCAAUUCAAAGCCCUUUUUUAAUUGAUUCACUUUAAAAAAUAUUUAACAACCCAAACAUAUUUAAAAUAGUUUUUGCAGUUGUAGGUACCCAUAAAAUCAGAGGCUCUAUGGACUUUAAUUUCAAUUCAGGUCAUAUUGAAAUUCAUCCCUUUUCUCAUUACAUUUGGGGAUAGUGAGGAAAGUUUGUGGUGGGAUAUUGACUUUGUACACAACAAAACACAAGCUUUUAUCUGCAAGAAGUACUUUUGUCCAUUUCACUCAUGGCUUGUGUUGAAGCUGAUGAUGGUCUAUAUGGGGGAUUAAUCUAGCAUCAAUCAGUGCUGUAUAAUCCUUCACGCAUGGUAUUUUUCUUUGCUUUGUACGUUAAGAGGAUUAGAGUUUAGAAUGCAUAAAUUGAUGGUAAAAAUUUACAUGAUCAAGAUUGCUUCAUUUCUUAUGUUCAUUCAGCCCCGAUUAAAAAUUUAUAAGCAACUGGAAAUAUUUAUACAACCUUCAUUGUUUUUAAAUGCAAAUAUCCUUAUUUCUGGGAUUGACUAUUUUUGGAAACAGUGUCUAUUAAUGAAUCAGUGCGUGAUGCUAUUAAACUUGUUGUUACAUUGACAUUUGUCAUUUAUCUCCAUGCAAUGCAGUGAUUACAUUGUUUUGUGGAAGCUAAUGACAGAUUUGAUUGUACUGUGUCCAACAGCACACUAUAACAGCUAAAUAAAUCUGACAGAGCAGA